AUGGAAAUCAUAUCCCCUCUCACAUUCCUUUACGUUGUUUUUCUUUCACCUUUCGCACAUCCAUCAACACUUUCGACCACUCAAAUCCUAUUUUCGUCUCUUUGGAUCGUUCACUAUUUUUAUCGUGCCACAAUAUACACAUAUCUGGCACCAAAUAUUUCCCCAAUGCAUAUUCUUACUAUACUCUGCGGAAUUCUAUUCAAUCUAUUCAACGCAUACACAAACGCACAAUGGAUUUCACUUUUCAGCGAAUAUCCAAAUUUGGGAGAAAAAGGAGUUUUGAGAUUAUUAAUUGGCAUUUUGAUUUUCUUUGUCGGAUUUUUCAUUCACGUAUAUCAUGACAAUUUGUUAUUUUCAUUACGAGCAAAAUCUAAAGAUGCGGCAAAAAGAUACUCGAUUCCAUACGGAGGCUUGUUUCGACUCAUAAGUUCUCCUAGUUAUUUUGGGGAGACAAUUCAAUGGUUUGGAUUUGCCAUUGCAACCUGGUACAGUCCACCAGCUACUAUAUUUGCCUUAGCUGCACCCGCUAAUUUGUUCCCAAGAGCGAUAGCUACACAUAGUUGGUAUAAAGCGCAUUUUAAAGAUAAAUAUCCAAAAGACCGAAAAUCAAUUAUACCAUUUUUACUUUAA